AUGGACAUGGAAAACUUUGAUGUUGAAAAAUAUCGGACAGCACACGAAAGUGACACGGACUGGAAAAUUAGGCGAGCGUUCAUGCUGUCGAACUGUGAAUAUUUGAACGAGAGCCAGCUUGUAUGCCUCGCAAAUUGUUAUGUCAACGUCAAUCAUUAUGGCUGCUCGUACCCAGAAGGUGUGAUGAAGCAACUUACUUACUACGAAGCUAACAUCAAUCAAGACUUGAUAAGAAGCUAUAAAAAAGCACACUCAAACUUCCCAAAGAAUGAGAAAUCGACAGAAGGACCACUUCACAGGGAAAGCUGGAAGGUUGCAGCAGGUCGACCUCAGUUCCUAAAUGACCAGGACAAAUCUUUUGACUCUCAGCCAGCUGAAACUUGCAGUUCACAUUCUAAAUUCAGGCAAGUAGAUGGCAGUUUUUUCAAAUUAUAUAAAACGUUUCAAGAAUUAAAUACUACCGCUAAUAAUAAUACCAAUGACGCUAAAAACGAUUCUUCAAAUUUUAUGAGUAAUUUUAAAAUUGCAAUGGAUAAAUGUAAGAUGGUAGGAGAAUCCAAAUAUGAGACACUGCUCAACAAAUCAUUUAACUGUAAAUUUUAUAUUAAUUCAAUACUUGUGGGGGAAGCAAAUGCGAAUAAUAAAAAGCAAGCAAGAAUACAUGCUUAUGAAAAUGCUUUUGAAUUACUAAAGAAACCAUCAUUAGCAGUUGAGGAAGUUACUGCUGGUGAUCAUUGUGAACAACACUUGGUUGCAGUAAAUGAUUUAGAUGCAGUUGAGGCAAAUAAUUUUGAUUCGUUUAAUGAGAAAAAGAACGUCAUCAAUGAUUCCAUGUCAAUGAGUAUCACAGCAAUGAGUAUCACAGAGCCUCUCACAGAUCUGCUCGGAGAUUUCAUUGUUUGCAAGCCACUUUCAUCUGAAUCAAACCCAAAAUCUAUUCUAUUACACUCUGCCUCACUAAACAAUGCUCAUUUAUUAUUUCAAGAAGAUUAUCUAAUAGAACAUAAACAGUUUUCUUGUGCUGUGCUCUUAAACAAAAGAAUGUUAUCAAAAUGUCUAGCAAAUACAAAAUCAGAUGCAAGUAAUAUGGCAGCCAAUUUAGCUCUAGAAGUCCUUGAAAAACAUUGUUAUGUCGUUGUUGUGAAACAAAACUGUGAUGCUGAUGAUGACGAUGUUGUCUGUAAAACUUCAUUGAUGGGAAAUCAGAAUAAUGCUAUUCCCGGCUCUCUCAAACCCAUUCCAGAAUCAAACAUUGGUAACAAGUUACUGAAGAAGAUGGGAUGGACAGGUGGUGGAGUUGGAAAGGUGGGCAAUGAAGGUAUCGAGAAUCCAAUCAGUUUGGAGUCGGUCAUCAAUAGGACCGGUCUCGGGUUUAUUGAUAAAAAUGUUUGUGAUGGUUUCAUUAAAGAAAUAAAUAAAGUUGUUGAAGAAUUUUUAGCAUCUGGUAAGAAACAGGAUCUAGUUUUUGGUACUGAUUUCUCGAAGGAAGAGAGAGUAAUUAUUCAUUCAGUUGGACUCAAAUUUCAUCUCAAAUCGAAGAGUCACGGACAAGAACCUGACAGGUAUUUAGUUUUAAGUAGGAAAAGAACAGCCUUAGAAUUAUUCGAACAUAUAAUUGCCAGCGGCGGGGAAACUAUGAAGUACCGUCUCAUCGCGCCAUCUAUUAACGACAAUUGA